AUGUUUUUGCCUAGGAGACGGGGAUGUAUUGUUGCGUGUUUUAUGACGGCUCUUAUAGAAUUCGCUGUCGUCUCGGUGCACGGGCAACUGUCCUACUCGGUGUCCGAGGAGUCGAGCGUAGGAACAACUGUGGGAAAUCUCGCCAAGGAUUUAAAUCUGAAUGUGCAGGAUUUGGAGUCGCGUAUGUUUCAACUCGUCACCGGAUCAAAGAAGAAAUAUUUUGAGGUAAAUCUCAAAACAGGCGUUUUGUAUGUGAACGAAAGGAUAGACAGAGAGGAGCUCUGCGCUAAAGCCACAAAAUGCACUCUCAGUUUAGAGGCGGUGAUCAACAAUCCUUUAAAGCUUUAUCGCAUUGAAGUGAGUAUUCUUGAUGUAAACGAUAAUUUCCCUUCUUUUAGUGCGAAGUCACAGCAUUUAAACAUCGCUGAGAACACUAUACCCGGCGUAAAAUUCCCUUUGUCUUAUGCUUCUGACCCAGACGUUGGUAAGAAUACUGUAAAUUCAUACAAAUUAAGUCAGAAUGACCAUUUUUCCCUUACGGUGCAUAAAGGAGGAGAUCAAAGUGUUUCUGUAGAGUUAGUGCUCCAGAAAGCAUUAGACAGAGAGAAACAGCCGGAGAUUAGACUCGUUCUGACCGCAGUAGAUGGGGGAAAUCCUCCCAAAUCAGGCACGUCUCAAAUAAUUAUUCAUGUUUUAGAUAUCAAUGAUAAUGCUCCGCUAUUUAGUUCUCCCUUGUAUAAAACUGCACUUUUUGAAAAUGUUGCUCCAGGGACCAAAGUAAUCACUCUCAAUGCAACCGACGCAGACGACGGGACAAAUGGCAAGAUUGUCUACUCCUUAAGGAAGACUGAUCAAGACCAUGUUUUAGAUGCUUUUGAAAUAGAUCCAAACACAGGCGCUAUAACGGUACAGGGUAUCAUAGACUAUGAAGAACACAGUGCAUUUGAGAUUCGAGUCGAGGCAAACGAUAAAGGGCAGCCUCCGGUGCUUGCGCAUUGUAAAGUGCUAGUUGAAAUAAUGGAUCUCAACGACAAUGCCCCUGAGAUCACGGUGACGUCACUUCUUAAUACGGUUAGGGAAGACGCACAACGAGGUACUGUCAUUGCUCUUGUGUCCGUGCUUGAUAGUGAUGGAGGUAAAAACGGUCAAGUCAACGUCGCUAUAUCGGAUGAAGUCCCGUUUAAAUUAGAUGCAAACUAUAAGAAUUACUACUCGCUAGUUGUAAACGGGGCUCUAGACAGAGAGAAAACAUCUCAGUACAAUAUCACCAUCACAGCUAGAGAUGAGGGGACUCCAUCUCUCUAUAGCAGUAAAGUUAUCAAUGUGCAUGUGUCGGAUGUAAACGAUAACGCACCACGCUUUUCAGAGCCAAUUAUAAACAUUUAUCUGAAAGAAAAUAGUCCAAUCGGCGCUCUGAUUAGUUCUGUAACUGCAUCAGACUUUGACGUAAAUGAAAAUGGACAGAUUACAUAUGCUGUUAUGGAAAAUAAUGCCAACAAUGCAAUACCUGUGUCCUCAAUGAUAAAUGUAAACUCUGCCACCGGAGAUAUACAUAGUAUAAAGUCGUUCAACUAUGAAGAAAUGAAAACAUUUCAGUUCAAGGUUCAGGCUACAGACUCGGGUGUGCCUCCUCUAAGUGGCAACGCAACUGUAAAUGUAUUUGUCCUGGAUGAGAAUGACAACAGUCCGGUCAUUCUCCCUCCUUACUCAGAGCACAGCUCCGUUAACACAGAGAACAUUCCCUACACGGCCGAAGCUGGAUACUUUGUGGCCAAAAUCAGAGCUGUGGACGCAGACUCUGGAUAUAAUGCGCUGCUUUCUUAUCACAUCUCGGAGCCUAAAGGAAACAACCUUUUCCGUAUUGGAACCAGCAGUGGGGAAAUCAGGACUAAAAGGAGAAUGAGUGACAAUGACCUGAAAACUCACCCUUUGGUCAUUUUGGUGUCUGAUAAUGGAGAGCCUUCACUGUCAGCAACAGUGUCUAUUGACGUUGGGGUUGUUGAAAAUAUGGGGGACGUGCAGAGACCAUUUAAAACUGUUUCAGUAAAUGACGACACUUUUACCGACUUAAACUUGUAUCUGCUGAUUGCCAUCGUUGCGGUGUCGGUUAUUUUCUUGCUGAGCCUCAUUAGCCUAGUAGCAGUGAAAUGCCACAGGACAGACAGCAGUUUCAAUGGUGGCUACAGCGCCCCAGUUAUCACCACACACCCUGACGGGAGCUGGUCUUACUCCAAAUCUACACAGCAGUAUGACGUGUGUUUUAGCUCUGACACGUUGAAGAGUGACGUAGUAGUCUUCCCCACACCGUUUCCACCUGCUGAUGCAGAACUGAUUAGUAUCAAUGGAGGAGACACUUUUCAGAGGACACAAACUCUCCCUAAUACAGACAAGAAUCGUGUCGUUAUCGAGAAGUCCAAUACAGAGAUGCAUUAA